GAGGACCAGCCAGAGCAGGUCACAGAGGAGCAGGCCGCUGCUGCUGCAGAGCCCGCGGCCGAAGAGCUGGCAGAGGACGCAGCAUCUGCAGAAGCAGACACAGUGUCAGUCGUUAGCGAUGCUCCACCAGACCACCCGUCUGUCGAGGAGGCCCAACCAGCCCAGGAAGCUGAGGACGAGGAACAGGAGAUCGAGACCGAAAUUGAGGAUGAGGAGGCUGAUGACGAGAUCCCCCCAACAGCCGAAGAAAAGGCCGCAACAGUGGCCCUGCAGGACGAAGAUCCAUUGAAUGCCGAGCCUAAGAGUCUCCCAGAAGAGGAGGACAACAACGUAAAAACUGAGGAGAAGGUGGAGGAGGAGCAAUCAGAAGAAGUAGAAGGGCAGGAAGAAGAAGCGGAUGAGGAGGAGGAAGAGGAAGAGGAGGAAGAGGAAGAGGAGGAGGAAGAGGAGGAGGAGGAAGAACAGGAAGAGGAAGAAGAGGAAGAAGACGACCCAGCUGAUUGCGAGGAGGAAGAACAUGCGACAAAGAGCGCUGAUGAAGCAGAGGGCACAGACCUGCUGAGCGCAGCAGAAAGGUUUGGCCACGAAGAGGAAGAGAUUCCUACGAGAUCCAGAUGGGAGGACCCUGACCCGGACUUUGGCAACAACCGCCGGGAAAAGCGGCGUCAGCGGCGGGAGGCCCGGCGUAGUCUUGCAGUGACUCCUGGGGCCCAAGAG